AUGAACCAAGACCCACUGCGAAGUUAUCUCAAGCGAGUGGCCAAGAAUGACGAAGAUCUCGGGCAGUUGUCGGACCUCGCGCUACAAAACAUGCGGAAAGCCACGGAACUCUUUGUCGAUGAGAUCGGCAUGAUCAUAUCGGAGCACCUUGCGAAUCAUGGGGGAACACUAUUGACGUCCGACACCCUGAAACGCCUUCUCCACGCAUCAACAUCACCAACCUUUGAGCCAAUAAUGCCCGUUCUUCAAACUUUAGCCAUUCCUGCGCACCGCGAAAAGCCUGCAAAGCGACGCAUCAAUGUGCCAGCUCCAUCUCGCUCAAAGAUUACGCAACGCACCAAGACGAAUCCUGCACAUGCACCUGCCACUGUCAUGCAACCUGCUACCGCUGUGAACGCGAGCCAUAUCGAAGAGGACGACGAUUAUGACGCCAGCGAGUGA